GGGCGGGGGAAGGAAGGAAGGAAGAGCGGUGCAACACACACCACACCACGCUAUUGAUUUGGGGGAGGCUAAAGGAGGGAAGAAAACAUGUUUGGCUUCCACAAACCCAAGAUGUACCGGAGUUUAGAGGGUUGCUGUAUUUGCAGAGCCAAAUCUUCUAGUUCUCGUUUCACUGACAGCAAGCGUUACGAAAAGGAUUUCCAGAACUGCUUUGGUCUGCAUGAGGCCCGCUCAGGAGAUAUCUGCAAUGCUUGUGUGCUUCUGGUCAAAAGAUGGAAAAAGUUGCCAGCAGGAUCAAAGAAGAAUUGGAAUCAUGUUGUGGAUGCAAGGGCUGGACCAAGCCUGAAAACAACCUUGAAGCCAAAGAAGAUGAAAACUCUUCCUGGCAGCAGGAUGAAGAGCAAUCAAAUAAGCAAAUUGCAAAAGGAGUUGAAGCGACACAACUCAGAUGCCCACAGUACCACUUCCAGUGCCUCUCCAGCCCAGUCACCCUGCUACAGCAACCAGUCUGACGAUGGCUCAGACACUGAGAUGACCCCUGGCUCCAGCCGUACACCUGUCUUCUCCUUUCUAGAUCUGACCUACUGGAAAAGGCAAAAGGUUUGCUGUGGAAUUAUUUACAAGGGUCGCUUUGGAGAAGUCCUUAUAGACACUCAUCUCUUCAAGCCCUGCUGUAGUAACAAGAAGUCUGCCGAUGAGAAGCCUGAGGCACAAGGCCCCCAAUCUCCAACCAUUUCCAACCAGGAAGAAUGGUGACUUCCAGAGUUCAUGGCAGACGGUGUAAAUGGAACCUCGUGCUUUCUCUCUCAAAAUGGCUUGAAAGGGACCUUUUCCUCACUUUGGAAGCCUCCUAUGCUGCCAAAAGACUUGAUUUUUUUUUUCUAAAACUGUUUGAGGAUUACUAUUAUUUUUUACUGCUUCAGUUCCACUAAUUCAAAAACCUGUUCGUAUCUCUCCAGAACAUAACUGUAAAUAAUAUUUAAGAUGCUCUAAAAUAUGUAGUUGAGCUGAA